UCCUGGGUGUUUGCUGGGUACGUCACGACCUGCGAUUCGCUCGUGGAGCCUGGGAGUGAGGAAGUGGUGACGCUGUGUGACUGUUCGUGGUGGUUGUUGGUGGUGGUGACGCUGUGUGACUGUUAGUUGUUGUUGUUGGUGAUGUUGUGUGACUGUUAGUGGUUGUUGGUGAUGCUGUGUGACUGUUAGUGGUUGUUGGGGGGAGGGGUGACGACAAAGAGGGCGCUAUGCGGACGCGGUGAGCCGCGAUGCAGAGGCGGCGUGGCUCCGAGAGCCUCCAGCAGGACGGAGACCUCGACUCGAGCAUGGCAGGCCUCGCGGUGGGCACGGCCGGCUUCUCCCCAUCCUCCGCGGGCGACGUGGUGCUGCAGAUGGUGGCACGCCACGACGCUGCCGGUGGCGGCGGUGGCUCCUCGGGGGUGCCACCGGGCGACUCGUCCGGACCCGCCCACCGGCACCUGCUGUCGGCGUACGCGCCCGCGCAGCCGUCGGCGCCAGCCCGGGGUGACGGCGGAGGAGGAGGUGGAGGAGGAGACGCGGGGGACCCCGGCGGCGAGGCCGGGAAUCCCACGGCGGCGUUCGCGGAGAUGAGGCCGCUGCUCGGCUGGCUGCAGCGGGGGCUGCCCUUCCUGCUGCUGCUGCUCACUCGGCUCGGCUACCAGCACCGGCUCGGGCUGGCCGUGUUGGCCGGACUGUUCCUCACCUUCUUUUACGCCAACCGCACUCUCAAGACGCAGGUGACGCUCCGGGAGCGGAGGUCGUGCGUUAAGACGCUGUGGCUCCUUGUGUUCCUGGCGGGGAACGUCGCCUUCCUCUACUACACCUUCCGCGCGCAGAGGCUGCAUUACAGCCUCAUGCUGGCGUCUCCCUCGCUGCUGCCCGUGGAGCUCUGGGAUCUGCUGUGGAUCGUCGGCAUCGGAGACUUUGUAGGGAAGUUCAUCUCCAUCGGCCUCAAGUGCCUCCUGGUGGCCCUGCCUUCCUCGGUGCUGCCGUUCGGCUCACGGGGGCGAUGGUACGUGUUGGUGGAGGAGGGCAGUCAGCUGUACCGCUACUUGCUCCCCGCGCUGCCGUGGUUCCACUUCCUCAUGGGCACCAGGAGACCCGGCGACGCAAGGAUCUUCCACAUGCUGCUCGCCCUCCUGUACUUCUGUGCGAAGUGCCUGGGCCUGUACAGCAACGUCACCGCGCUGAGGAAGUCUUGCGCCAUGGCGUGCGCCCAGCAGGUGUACGGCGUGCCGGCCAGCAAGCAGCAGUGCGCGGAGGCCGGCGACAUCUGCCCCAUCUGCCAGGCUGCCUUCGCCCAGCCGCUGAUGCUCGUGUGCAGACACGUGCUGUGCGCGGAGUGCAUGGCGCUGUGGUGCGACCGCGAGCGCGCCUGCCCCCUGUGCCGCGUCCUCAUCAGCCCCUGCGCCCCUCGCUGGCGCGACGGGUCCACGUCCGCCCACCUGCAGCUCUACUAGCCGCCCGCCGGCUGCAGCUCCACCGCGUUCCGUGCCACCGCCGGAUUAGCCACGGUGGGCGACGUGCGGUGCGAAGGAAGUCCAACAUGCACACGUACAAGACGGCCGCCGGCGCCGCUACCGCAGCGACGACUCCUCCGUUUACCGAACGUCUCCGAUCGCGGUUUUUAGCCUGGGUGGGGACCACCACCCCCUGGUGACGGCUCCUGGAGCCACCGGUAUAUUAAAAAUAAAAAACACAAAGUCGGCGAUCCGCCGCCGGCUGUGAAGGUUAAAGGCGCAGCCCUGCAAGCGCCUGUACAGGCAACUGCCGGCGGAAUAAAUGGCUUUGGCUCGAGGAAGCUCGAGAGAGCGCCCUUCCGCGGGGUAUUUGGCCUACUCUUCCAUGCUGGCCCAGACGUCUUGGACGAGGUGGUUUUCAGAUGUAUAUGCUGCUAGGCGGACAGAGGUGUGGGGGGAUUGAACCGGAGAUGUCCGGAUUCUCUGCUGUUCAUUGGAUGCUUAAAACCCGGUCACAUUAUUCACAAGAAUAUGUGGUGGUGUCGGUCCAAACCCUACUUAAAAAAUUUAAACAAGAUGACCGCACGUUGUUAGGAAGUACACACGUUGUUAGGAAGUACACAAUAGCCAUCUCCGUAUAGCUCGAGGUUUUGAAUGUCGCGUCCCAUAUGAGAGAGGCCGUGAGUUUCCAGUUGUGUGGUCACGUGGACAAAUCUAAGUGAACGAGAUAACAGCAUUGCGCGCGUUUCUGUUUUGUAAAGUUUCGAUUCAGUCCCCUCCGACUGCGACUCCUCAUCGUAACUACCGUUUGAUUGA